AUGCGGAUUGCCAGACCCAAAAGCUGGAGAAGAUCAGUGCCAAGAGACAGUGCCAAAGAUGCCGAAACUCUCCCUGAUUUGGAGGGUAGCAAAGAGGUCCGAGAAAAGAUGGGGGGUAAAAAACAUUGGCGAAAAGCCAGUGUCAAGAUGCGGGUCACUGCAGCCAUAAAAGCCACCAGAGCGUCUAAAUUAAAGGAAGUUUUUGCUGAUUAUAAAUUACUUAUGAACAAUAAACAGAGAAGAAAGCUGAAGUACCCCAGGGGAGAGACCAGAUUUCAAGAAGAAAAAGUGCAAAAAUGUGAUGAAGGGAAGUCAAAAUUUGUCUUAGCAAACCUUGAACACUACACAAUCCACCCAAAUUUGGUCCAGUAUUACGAACCUCUCAAGGUCACAGAACCUCACAAGCUAUUUGGUGGAAACCAAAAUAUAAAAAGAUUCAUGUCCCGAGUGACAGAAUUUGACCAGAAUAAGACCUUAUUGAUUAUGACCAAUAACCCGCCUCCUGGCCCAGUCAAUUGGCAAGAAAAGGACACCCCACCCUGUUACUUCUCUCAGGAGCUGCUUGCAAAGCCCCAGGAAAAACAGAAAACCACAAGUCCCACUGGUCUCCCUUUGAUGAAGAAGAAAAAAUUAAAAGCUGAACCCAGGACUCCCUUUCCUGUAGUAGUAUUAGAGGAUGCAAAACCUAAGCGGGAGCAGUGGUACAGGUUUUCCACCAAGGCUGAUUUGAAGGGUGAAGCUGAGUAUUCAAAGCUCCAUGCCUUAAAGAAACAACGGGAGGCGUAUCCUGAACUUUCCUUUGUUCCAGAUUUUAGAUCAGCAGCUCGGGACUUGGCGAGCAGACGGAAGGUCUCCAUGGUAACGUGGGAGCCGCUGACCCUCGCUACACUCCUUGAAGAGAAGCCUACUCUGACCGUGCCCUUGUCAUCAAACAGCCCCUUCCGCUACGGGAGGGCCCCGCAGUGGUUCAUAAACACGCCCACGGUUCCCAACUGA